GGUGUAUGUACGCCACACGCUAUCGUCCGUGUCUACUGGAGUAUCUUGUGUAUCGACGUAUUUAUACAAUAACGAGAAAGGGAAAAAGAGUAGACAACAACGUUCGACAAACAACAGGAAGAUCCAACAUAGAAAAGUGGAUAGUGCAAACAAACGUAUAUACUGUACCGAACUAAUAAUACAAGGGCACAACAACAACACAAAAAAAAAAACUUUUGCGAAAUUAGACGAGUCCAUGGCGAACCCACGUUCUGGAACUAGUCAGAACCAUCGGUCGCGUCGCAUUAGCUAUGUCUCUACUUAGCGUUACGGUGAAACGGGCCAAGUUCGCGGGACCAAGUGCCAACCAGCUCAACACGUACGUCACUCUCCAGUUGCAAAAUGUCAAGUCCACCACGAUCACCGUCAAGGGGGCCAAUCCAGCUUGGGAACAAGACUUUCUAUUCGAGACCAACUGCCUGGACACGGGCCUACUCAUCGAAGUCUGGAACAAAGGCCUCAUCUGGGACAAAGCCAUGGGACACUACUGGCUGCCACUUCACCAAGUCCCCUACUCAAAUGAACAGGAAGGAACCGGUCAGUGGAUGUCGCUGGAUGCAGAGCAGAUCAUGGAAAACGGAGUGGUGGUCGGAACCCGCAAUCCCACUGGCGAUUACCUUCUCAUCGACUGCCGCUUCGAAUUGCCUUACGACUCGGAAGAUGUGGACCUCGGCGGUAUGCAGCGUAAGUUGGAGGCCUACAACCACGUGCUGGACCAAGAAAUGUCCUCGAUACGAGACGGUGGGAAGCGGCGCCAACAGCAAUUCCUUAUUCACUCUGGACUGUCGGAGGACAGCGAUUAUACAAGCGAAGUCAACUAUCCGCUGGUCCAGCAUCACGAGGCCAACGGGUCGGCUUCACAGUACCUGAGCGUUGCCCAUCAAUACCCAUCGCCGCAGAGGUCAUCGGAAAUCAGUCGAGAAAAUUCGUACGAAACGAACGAUACGAGCACGGAUCAGCGGCAUUGGGCAUACGAUUAUGGCGGCGGUUAUCCAGCGACGCAAGAGGAUGGGUAUGAUUAUAAUUAUGAUCAGUCUGAGGAGAUGUAUGUUCAAUCGGACCAAUGGCCACGACCUACGGAAGAGCCGUUGUAUUACAAUAGUCGUCCUAAUAAAGAAUCCAAAUCCACCGGGCAGUACAAGAAUUCUUCCAACUGUUACGAUAGCCCAGACAGACGCUCUACAACAGCCAGUGAAAUUCGAACCAAUUUUGCCAAAGGUUGUAUACAGCCAACCACAACUAGUCCAAAACCGAGCCUUGCCAGACAGUCGACUUUGUAUGAUGAACACGAGACUAAUAAUUCAGCUGAAGCUACGUACUCCGAAGACUAUGCGAAUUACCAGCAGCCUCCUCAGCAACAGCGCCAGCCCUAUCCAAUUGGCAAUAACGAUCAGUCACAAGAGCAGUACAACUACUCAACAGCUGCCGGUUACGAUGACUAUUCAACUUAUCAGCAAUACGACGGCGGUGGCACUUCAGAAUACGACUACAAUUACGAUUACAAUUAUGGCUACAGCGAAGGCCAGCAAUAUAACGAGAGCGUGGCUGCUGUCAUCGAUGACGGCAAGGAGAGUCACGGUUAUGGUUAUUAUGACGAAACGGGAUAUUACUAUGACGGCCAGUGGUACGCGUACGAUGGCAACUACGACGCCAAUUAUGAUGCAAAUUAUUCAACGGAAGAUGCCACGUCUAAUUGGUCUCAGCAAAAUUAUGAUGGCCAACAAGAACAUUACGAUUAUUCCAAUGAAUAUACAGCCCCCGUUAAAAAGGACUACGUCCCAGAUUUACCGACAAAAACUCAACCAAAGCCUCAGCCACAAAAAUCGUCAAUCACAGCACCGGCCGCUGCUAUUAUGAAGACUAUCCUAGAAGAUGCUGUGCCACUCAAACCUUUGCAAAUGCUAGGGGACAUCUUCUCCAAGAGGAGUACGAUGAUGCAUCACGGUGAUCUGAGCAGCAGCGGUGGAAGCGUCGAAAGUGAACAACCAAUGACUAGGAGACGAGAAAGCAUAGCCAGUGUAACAACACCAACCGGCCCGGAAUUGACAACAAAUUUUGGCGGAAGAACUAGCGAAUCGCCUCUGAUGAUGGGUGAACUUGAUCGACUGCAAACAGAUAUGUUGAGUUCGAGAGGACAAGAGGAUCAGAUGAUUAUCAGUGAUUAUCGAGCUGGUAGUGGACCAUCAAUUGAACACCCCGAUCACAGAAGAGGUUCCAUCCAGUCUCGUUUGUCCCAAAUGUCUCAACAAUCGAGGCGAGAAAGAGCCGAACACUUCCGGCGACGUCGUUCUUCCAGUAUCUGUAGUGAUCGUGAUCGUGAACACGCCAGUCCUUACACUUCCUACGAGGACGAACGGACGCCCGUCAAUGAAAUCAAUCUCAGCCUGGACAUGAACGAUAUGACGCCUAUCGCCACCCAAGUUCCGUUUCCGCCUCAGCAGCAAUACAAGGGCGUUUCAUUUGACGAAGACGACAUGUACCUGGAUGAACGAGGCGAUCCUGGAAGGCAAUCAACCGACCAAAUGGAUCAAUUGCCGCCACCGACGACUCCGCCGCAAGACUCGGUCAUCUCGGCGCCACCCGUCGCUGUUGCCCGCGCCUGCGAAAAUUUGACGCCCAGACAGAAAUGGCUCUGGGCAUUCAACAAGAUCUGCGCUCAACUUAUGGCAAGUCCACGAUUUCGAAUAUUUAUUAUUUCUCCGUGGAAUUGCGUUCGACUUGAUCAUUUUAGCUGCGCGUCUCCCAAUUCGUGGCGGAAUGCCAGUUGAAGAAUGCGAUAUGGU